AUAGCAUCACAGGAUAUGAACGUGUGAGGGAAGCUCCCGACACUAAGAUUUCUACGGAAUUGUCUUAAACACCUGCCAGUCACGUACUAAGCGACUAGUUUUCCUUUAACUGCUAUGAAUUUGCUAGAUCUCCAUCAUUCAUCAAACAGAAUGAAAAGUGCAAUAACGCAAGUGAAAGGUAAGAAUAUUUCAAGAUGGCGGUUGUUUUUUCGAAGCCUCGUUCGUCGGUCGGUUAGCCCGUAAAGACUUUUUACUUCCACUUUACCGAAACUCUAUUACUUAGACAAAGUUACUACUUGGUUUUCUUUUCUAUGUUUUGAAUGCCAUGCAAACGAAAAAUAACUGAAAAAUAUUUCAGCAAUGCUUUAGCUUAAAUAAGCACAAGCUCAAAUUUAAUCUUAAGAAUGCUCUUUGUCAAUCGCGGUGAUGAUGUUGUCCCUAGUAACUGCUGCGUCAGUGUAAAAAGUUUGAAUAGAUAAGUUAUCAUCCAACUUAAAGAUAUGUUUGACAAACUGAGGUAGAAUUUUUCACUCAGUCAUCGCAUACCCUUUAAUAAUAAACGUUUAAUGUAAUUCGACUGCUUAUCAGAGUUUCAGAACCCUUCUCAACGUUAAAUUAGGAACAGGAAUACGUCUUUUCAAUUUGAGCAUAAUUGGAUCAAUUCUAUGAAUUUUAGUCAUAGAAUGAAAACCUGUAAUUGCCAUGGCAAAACGUAAAAGCUAAGAUUUCAAUAUUUUACGAUAAAAGUAACAUGAUUAGUUUAUGAUACUUACUACUCGUAGUCCCUCUAUCGAGGAUCUUGAACAAAAAAUUAUUAAAGAAGGGACGACUUCUUCUCAAUUUCAUACAAGUCAGCCAACCUAAUUGCAUGACCAGAACAAGCAAUGCCCUCAUAUCAGUGGGAACUGACAGACUGAAAGAAUUAUUGAUAUUGUUAAAAUUACUGGGUAUUUCAGUUUUACAUAUAUCCUGUGACUCAUCCCUUGGUCGAACUGGCAUGUCAGGGGUAAAAAAAGUGUCUAAGUUAUAUUCCCAGAACUACCAUGGCAGGAAAAAGAAAGAGAUCAAAUGAAUCUACUAACAGAGGUCUUUGCUCUCCUACAAUUCACAUUAUUGAUGCUUUAGCAAACUUUUUAAAAUAAUUUCACUAACCAGCCAUAGUUUGCAACUUUUGAAGAUUUCACCGUUUUCACUGGAGCCGUGCUAGUCCACUAGAUUUCGUUUCACUAGUUGUGUCUGCACUCUCACAAAUAUAAUAAAAUUUGUGAUUUUCAUAGGUGAGUGCAGAGCAGGAUGUUCGAGGAGAUACUUAAUGCAAUUUCCUCUAUGUGUGAUGGUAGCAACUGCUGUCUUUAUAACAGUUUACAAGUCAUAUUUGUCUCUAAUAAAUUGUUCUGGUUUUUAUAAAAUUUUGUAAUGGUUGUGAAUAUUUUGGAAGGUUGCCCAUGGGUCAUUGGUACAUAUAAUUAGUCAUUUUAAACUGAAAUGUUGUCAACAUGAUGUCAUCAUGAACUAUUUAAAUAUUUCAGUUCUCUGUUUUACUUUUUGUAAGACUCUGAAACAGGCAUGAUUCUGAAAUAUUUGAUAAAUGAUCUUAAUAACCACAGAACCUUUUGAAUUCAGCUAGACAUACACUACACAGUGCAUAUGGUGAAUAUAUUGAACCAUUAGUGAGAUCCUCAAGAAGUUGAUUCAAAAUUAACAUAUAAUUGACAUAGCAAUAUUUUUAUUUUAACACAAUGGAGGUGAUCAUUAGAGUCAGUGAGGUAAGAAUUUUUGAUGCCAUUGGAAUGGGGAAUCCUCGGUAUGUUGUUAUUUGUCUUUUACCAAAUAGCUUGAUAGCAAACCAAAUCAUUUCAAGUCGUCACUUUGUACCACUUUUCUAAGUUCUCUCUUCUAUGAAUUCAUUUGAAUUUGUCAUUUGAAAUGAACAAGAGAAAAGUGUAAAGUAACAGAAAUAUUCCAAAGAUUUGAUCAAAAAAUAUCUAUGUGGGAAAAUUCUCUCAUUUGCAAAAUAUUGAUUAUUGUGUUUGUUUUAUUUAAUAAAUCAUAUUUCUCUGUGAGAAUAUUAGAUGAAAUGGAAAACUGUUCUUUGCAGGUAUUUAACCAUAAACAUAAUUAUAUUGAACAACGUGGAAAGAUGCUCUCCCCACUUCAUGAACAUCCCCUGGAGCAGGUCAAUCCUAUGGAAGUGUAUAGACCAUAUGGAGGACGGUGGAAGUGUGACAACUGCAAUUCUGAGAGUGGUGGGAUGAACCCUUUUCCCUUCCACUGUAGACUGUGUUCUUUCGACCUGUGCUAUUCUUGUAUGAACAUACAGCAUCAGGUAAGCAACUUGAUCCAUCGGCAUCAGCUGUAUUACAUGGAGACCAGUCGACUAUGUUAUCAAAAUCAGGGCGGAAUUUGGCGGUGCGAUGUUUGUAAAAAGACAAGUGAUGCACUGAGAGAAACAUUCUCAUACCACUGCCCAACUUGUGAGGACUUUGAUAUUUGCCGCAGCUGUUAUGAGCCUAAGAGGCAUCCUAUCCAUAUUCAUGAGCUUAAAGUGGUUGACACUUCACUAAUCUAUUCUCAAACUGGUGGAAACUGGUUUUGUGACAUCUGUGGGACCACGAGCAGGCCAUAUGAAAAGUAAGUGAAAAUUUUGAUAUGUGAUAUCCCAUAUCAAGUCUUUAUACCUCGCUAAGAAAAAUGGUCAAGAAAGGGUGUUGCAUUGAUGUUUUGAGUAAUGUUUUCCCUGUUUUCUUUCAGCUUCUCUCAUCAUUGUGGAGAUUGUGAAUUUGAUGUGUGCCAAGAAUGUUUUAGGCCGCAUACUACACCUCUACAUGAACACCCGCUAUACAGGGCAGACUCACAUCAUGUGUAUGUACAAUUCAGUGGUGGCUGGCGAUGUGAUCGCUAUUGAAUCCGUGCACAAUAACCCCACGGAUAACAAACCAUGGCAUUGCCAAACAUGCGAAUUUGAUCUUUGUCAUGACUGUAUGAGUACAGCAAUUGAAGGUAAGAAUUCAUAUCCAAUAGGAACAGGUCAGAAACAAUUUUACUGCUAGGCCUAGAUGCCCUUAUACAGGUAACAAGUGAAUUUCUGCUUCAGUCAAAUGGCUCUCACUGCUACAUUAGAGCCUUUGUUAUCAUCCCAGUUGCAGCAGUAUAGGAUGAUAGGGAGUAAUUCUCCCCUCCCCUCCCCUCCCUAACCCCCACCUCUGGAUGGGAUGGCAGGCCAGUCCAGUCCAGGGUUAUUCCUUUUCACCUAAAAUCAGUUUGUAUAUUCUCAAUACUGUCCUUCAUACAGUUCUUAUGGUACUGACAGGAGAAUUUAUUAUACCAAUCAAGAUCCUCAACACUAGGUGAUCAUGUGCUUUCUUCUCAUUGAAUUGAUGCUUGAUUCAGGGGUGAUAUGGUAAAGAGAAAAUAGAUGCAGGUCACUCUAAGAUGUCAAAGGGUUAAGUAGCCCCAGCUUUUCAAAACAGAAGGUCCCCAUGACAUUUGCCAGGACUUGAAACAUUCCCGUGUGGAGAUAGGCAUUGAAAGUCAUACUGUGCAUGUAACUUUUUCUCUGAUUUUCCUCAUGUCUUUUUCACUUGAGUUUUCUGACAAUUUCUUUUUGUGUGUGGUUAUUUAGCUGCCGAUCAAACAGGCCCAUCACCAGGACAUUUAGGCAGAAAUAGGGGAUUUGCCCUGCUCAGAACAGGUUUGUAUACACUCAGUUAGUAUAACCUAACACCUGUAGUCCUAUUGAAGCUCAAGUCAGACUUGUUUUGAUGACUGUCUUUUAAUGACUGUAUUCUAGGCAAUAGCACAUUUACAUACUGAGACUUCCUUCAAUUUCAUGUCCUCAUAACCAAGUGAUUGAUUUUGUUACGUCUCCCAUACUGAUUUCUGGUAAUCAGUUAUACUCCUGGCUCUAGAGAGGCAUUAUGAGGAUGGAAUGUCUUGCUCAAGAGCUCCAAACAGUACCUACUUAGGGUCUCCAUCUGUCAAGCUGGGGGGUGACUUACCACUUCACCUUUUUUCCUCCCACAGCCUAAAUGUUCAGGAAAUUUUGUAUGUUUCAUUCAAGAUCAUUAACUCAUAAAUCUACUUUUUGAAGGGCGGCAACCACAAGAGAACCCUUGGGUUGUUAGAAAUCGCUUGACGCCAACACCAAACAGUGAGUCUGCCUCACCGUUGCCAUUUGUGACAGAGAAAGGCAACACUCUUGCUUCUCCAGAAGACACAGAUGACAAUUCCAAGUGCAUCAUUUGCAUGGAACAACCCAAAAAUGCUACAGUCAUACAUGGUGACACAGGACACUGCUGUUGUUGCUAUGCCUGUGCGCAAGUGCUCAAACAAAGGGGGGACCCUUGCCCAAUUUGCAGGGCCCCUAUUGAUCAUGUGAUCAGGCAGUUUAAUGCUUGAGGUGAAGUACCAUGUAAGGUCAGCUGAAGAGUAACCUAAGUAGAAAUACAUUUUGACCAUCAAACAACCACUUAGUGACAAUAAAUCAGGGGGUUGUAGAUGAAGAUUAGUUUAAUGUCAUGUUACUGAUAUCAUUUUAUUUCAUGUGCCACUUCUCAUGUCUCUUUUCCUGAUUAAAGCACCAUGAAGGGUAUAUAGGACAUUUUCCAGGUGCACAUUUGAGAGAACCACCAAAUAGCAUUCCACCGAGUACAAGUAAACACAAAAUAAAGUCAGAUAUGAAGAUAAAAUUCUUAGUUAAGACUUGAAAAAAAAAACUAAAAUUUUGUUACUUUUUUUUUGCCUAAUUUAACCUUUUAAAAAAAAGGUAGGGUCAUUUUUAGGGUAUCAAUGAGGGUGAAAUCUCUAAAUUAAACUGGUAAUUUCACGCUUAAACAUAGGCCUUUCUAAUUAUAGUAUCUUGACUUUGACUUCAAAGGGAAGUAUAGCCAAAGUUUAAAAUCUUAUCUAAUAUAAGGUUUUUUAAAGGAAACAACAUUAAAACCAAAGAACAAUGAUAUCAACUACUCGUCCUGAGUUUUGCACCUGCACAGGGCAUGGUUUCUCCGCUCAAAGCAGCUCAGCGGUUUUGCGGAAGAAAAAAAAAGCUGGCUACUCACAAAGUAUGCUGUACGGCAUAUUUAUGCUCUCUGGCAGCUUACAUCAACUGGCUAAAUACCAAUUUCUUGUUUGGUUUGCUUGUUUGUAAAACGCAAGGGUCGCUUCUAAAAUGCAAAUAACACUGAGACAUGUACUUUUUCAGUAUUCCCUGAUAAUUUGCUGCUACAAUGUAUCCAGUUAUAUUCCUGGGUGGCCAGAGAGCCCCUGUGAGAGUAGUGUCGUCAUCCUUUCCUAUUCGAGUGACUAUACAAAUGUAUCUACAUUUAUUAGGUAGUUUCAUAGUGUCUUUCAAAUGUAGUUUAUAGUUAACAGUUAUUAGCAGAAGUGGAGGUGAUUUGGGUUGAUGUUUACUUAGCCACAAAGGUGAAUAACUCUGAAUAACUGUUUGAGUAUAUACCACAUAGAAAUCAAAAUUUGGUCAAAAUUACAAAAAAUGGUUGGGACUUAAACUCUUGACGUGAGAUUUUUUUAAUUACUUCCAAACUAGCGAAUCAGCGCGUGCGAAAAGGAUUAAUUCCCUAUGUGACAUAUACGAAAGCAUAAUAUUACAUCAUAUCUCUAAAAAAAUUGGAUUAUCGUAAGCAGAGAUUAAAGCAGUCUGGUGUAGUCUGGAAAAAACGCGUGAAGCAUUUAAAAAAACAUUUACCCGUGUUGCAACGAAAUGAUUUAAAUCACUUUAAGAUAAUCUUACGAAUUUUUUCGAACUUUUGGACUUCACAUUUUUAUAAGCAGGUUUAGUUCAGUUUCUUCUAUCUCCUUUGCACAAAGAUUAAGGCAAUUGUAUGUGUUUAAGUAAAAGGUUAGACACAUACAAUUGACAAUUCCUUUAAAUCUCCAGAUUUAAGGUAAUAAUUAACAAAUAUUCACGUCAGUAUUGGUGGUCAGUCGUCUUAGUAUAUACUUAAAGAGCGAGAUAACAUAGCACAAAAAAAUGAUUUUAUAACAUAGCUAGUAAAUUUAUCUGAUCAAAUUCAGUUGCUCGCGCGUGCUUCAUAUUCCUAUUGUGCACGCUCAUGACGUCAGGAAACAAAUCCUUCGACAAAAAUUUUCCAUCGGGUUGAAAAUGGUUAUAAAACAAGUGGUUCAUACGUCAGCUGUGCGUUCAUCGAGACAUGAAGCAUUUGGGUAGUUUGGAGGUUCC